GUGUGGAAAAAGUGAAGAACAGUGUAUAGGGAAUGUUAAGAGAAUGAUGCAAGGCAUCAGUAUGCACUGAAAUUAGCUGUUGCAUGUACACUUACAGCAGAACUGGCGAAAUGAGCAAAUAAUAUAAUUUGAAAGAAAACUACUUUAUAUCAUAGUUUUCUCCUCUAAGGAAAACGUUCGCUCUCCCACCAAUAAACCUGAGAUAAUAUACGAAAAGAGAAACUAAGAUGGGCCGAUUGGAAUUUUUGCAGCAGGAGUAACUACAGUUGUAAAUUGUCUCAUAAAACAAUGAACAACACAUCCCAGAGUGCACCGUUGGACAGAGAGUAGGGUCUGUGCUGUUCAUAACUAAUUAUUCACAUGUAGCGUGUAUUUUUUGUUUUCAGAUUGGCUAUUAAUGUUAUAUUUCCUUUGCUUAGCCCACCUACUCGCUGUUUCUAAGCCUCUCUGGUCUCUAAUUGGGUAUUGUAAACUUUAUACAGAAGCGCCGGCUAGGUAUUUUCCCACAGCUCGAUUCGCUAAUGGUCAGUGUCAAUUACCUGUAGUUUGACAGUUGACCACGCCCUUCUGUUUAAUACCUUAAAACUACAGGCUACUGUACCUGUCAGUGAUUUCUGAUUGGCUAAACGGACCAGCUGUUAGAGAUUCAUUCACCAUUUUGUGAUUGUAGUGUAAAAGGGAUUCAGUUUUUCCUCCUUUGGGUUGCUGUGAGAAGAAAGAUAUGUUUUACCAAGGAAGAAUAAAGUAAAAUCCUUGACAAGCAACAGCCAUGGACGGCAGUGUCAUUUUAGCACAUUUCCUACUGUCUCGACAGCAAACAGCACCGUAAAUCGUUUUUGGGUCUUGAAAAGCCCAAGGACAGGACGGGAGGAGAGACGGAGUGAGAGAAAGAGAGGGAGAGCGAGGGGGCGGGAAAAAGACACAAGAAACUGGGAAGAAAGGACUCAAACAAAUAAGAGUGACAGGGAGCAGAGGGAACCCGCUGUGAAGAACAAGAGGGCUGAAAGGAAGCAAAUAAGAAAAGAUGAAGCCUUUGAAAAAGCAGGGUAGGCGGUCUCCCCCGUCAACCCGGGCGAAGGGGGGGAAGAGGCGGGGGGCAGCGGAGACGCCGGGCGAGGGAGAGAGGAGGGAGAUGCAGGCUCGGGGCCCUGAGGCACCGACGGAGACCGCGCCGAGCAGACAGACCCCGCCCGGCUCAGACACCUGUGGAGACCAGCCCGUCAGGUGCGGUGCGAUUCCGGACGGGCCGGGGCCACGGGAGACCACAGAGGAUUGUGGGAAGCCGGAGGAGCACAGCGGGAGCCCCAAAGUCGGGGGCACGAACGGCAGCAGCAGCGGCAGCAACAGCGCGGCCAGCACCAACAGCAGUCCCAACCCGCCGUCCAGCCGCAAGACGGCCACGUUCAAGGCCCGCGUGCCGAAGAAGAAGUACACCUACGAGCACUGCGCCGCCGCCACCUCCACCCCCCCGCACAACAGCAACAACAGCAACAACAGCAACAACAGCAGCAACAACAACAACAGCGGCAGCAACAACAGCGGCAGCAGCAGCAGCGGUGCUCCCAGCACAGGCAGCCAGACGGGGCCGGUGAGCGCGGUGGCGAGCGAGGACAGCACGGACACGGACGCCCACAGCCACAGCCCGCCUGAAAACCGCCCCACCGACCGCGUGGCCCCGGGGGAGGGAGACGCGGAGGGCCCGCCCAGCUCGGUGCGCUCGUCCUCCACCGACACGGCCAGCGAACACUCCGCUGACCUCGAGGUAGCCGAGCCGCCACCCGACACCGAAACCAAUACCGACCCCGUCUCCCGCCACAGCCCCCUCCCUGGCCCACCCGUCCCCCCGCCGUGGCAUGACCCCUCUCCCCGGGAUGGGGAGGCAAUGGAGUUGGGCGAGGUGCUCGCCAAACGGCUGAAGAACCAGCGGGUGCUGGUCCGGCAGCGGCCAAGGGGGCGGGACGGGGAGGAGGGCGGAUGGAGGGCCGGCAGGCCCCUGUCGCCAGUGUUUCGGGCGGGUGUUGUGCGUCAGGCGGGGGGCGAGCGCUGCACUGUGUGGGUGCAGCUGAACGGGGCGGAGAGGGCGUUGUGGCACUACCCCCUCCCAGACGGGACGCCCCACAAGCGAGAGCCGGACCUCGUCCUCGACACCCCGCCGCCCGGCCCUGCUCCGGUGGCCAUCGGGACCCAGGUGUGCGUGCCGUUCGGUGGGGACGGCGGGGAGGGCGUGUUCAGGCAGGGCGUGGUCUCUCAGGUUGACCCCCAUCCCGCCGUGGCCUUCCCCUACCGCGUUGUGCUCUGUGAGGACCGGGAGGUGCUGUGGGACCCGGCGGCCGAUGAGGAGGAGAAGAUGAGGGCCGGCGCCCAGGCCGUCUGGGUGUCCCGCCAGAGUUUACGCCUCCUCGCACACCCCUGGGAGCUGCCCCAGCCCAAGGAGGAGCGGUGGGAGGAUGGGGAGAGGGAGGGGGAUAGGGAGAGGGAGAAGGAGGAGGGGAGGAAGAGGGAAGAGGUGGAGGUGGAGGCGGACGCGUUUCGGCUCAGCGACGGGGGGGCCAGGCACAGACACGGGUUCCCGUCCAGGGCUUUGGGAGGACAGGGGUUCCCCUCUGCACCCUCCUCCUCGUCCUCCAUCGCCUCCACCACAGUGCUGAGCCUAGCCACAGACAGACACCGAGAGCGGGAGAGGGAGAUGGAGAUGGAGAUGGAGAUAGAGAGGGAGAGGGAGAGGGAAAGAGAGAGGGAGAGGGAGAGGGGGCGGGAGUGGGAACGAGAGCAGGCGAGAGAGAGGGAGCAGCAGAUGCAGAAGCAGCAGGCUGUCCAGCCCCAGACGCCGGAGGAGGACAUGGAGGUUUCUCGCUUCAGCAUGGCUCAGCUGCAGGAGGGCGGCGUGGCCCCCGGGGCCCCUCACAGGCACAUCCUCUCCAAGCCCCCCAGCUACCCAGGCCCCCAGCUGUCCGUGGUGCGGGCCCCCCUUGGCGCCCCCCCACUGGCGCACCUGUCCCUCGCCCCCCUGGCGGGCCUCCACCCCCCGCCCUCCCCCGUGCUCCAGGGCCCCGAUAGGCCGGGGCUGAUGCCCGUCGAGGCCCACCACCUGCCCCCGCUCCCGCCCUGCUCUACCUCCUCCUCCUCCUCCUCGGCCCGCAGCUCGCUGGGAGCCCCGGAGAAGACGCCCACCCCGGGCUCCACGUCGUCCUCCUCCUCCUCGCGGUCGCGCACGCCGCUCACGGCCGCGCAGCAGAAGUACAAGAAGGGCGACGUGGUGUGCACGCCCAACGGCAUCCGCAAGAAGUUCAACGGCAAGCAGUGGCGGCGACUGUGCUCGCGGGAGGGCUGCAUGAAGGAGUCCCAGCGGCGCGGCUACUGCUCCCGCCACCUGUCCAUGCGCACCAAGGAGAUGGAGGGCGGGGCGGAGCGCGACCGGGGCGGGGGCAGCAGCUCGGGCACGGCCACGCCCUCGGACCUGCGGCUGGGCGGAGGGAGGGGCAGCAGCGAGUUCGACUGGGACGAGACGUCGCGGGACAGCAGCGAGGCCAGCAGCCGCGGGGGGGACUCCCGCCCGCGCCUCGUCCUGCCGUCCAUGCUGGCGCAGGACCUGUCGCGCUUCGACUUCGAGGAGUGCGAGGCGGCCAACAUGCUGGUGUCCCUGGGCAGCUCCCGCUCGGGAACGCCCUCCUUCUCGCCCGUGUCCAACCAGUCGCCCUUCUCCCCCUCGCACUCGCCCUCCCCGCUCUUCGGCUUCCGGCCGGCCAACUUCAGCCCCAUCACCGCCUCGCCCGUGCUGCCGCCCCGCCGCCACCGCCACCUCAGCGGCACCGGGGGCGGGGGCACGCCCAAGCUGGGCACCGAGCGCGAGCGGCACCCCUCGGGCGUCCCGCCCUCCUUCCAGACCAGCCUCACCUUCACCGUGCCCAUGAGCCCCGGCAAGCGCAAGUCUGACUGCCCCCUGCCCCCGCCCUCGGCCCAGGACUACCCCAAAGCGGAGAUGGAGCACGGAGAGCACCUCGGCCUGGGCUUGGGUCUCAACCCCGCCGCCUUCCGCGUGCUGUCGCCUCAAGCCCAGCAGGGGGCGCCCUUCUCCCGGCCCCGCAGCGUCAGCAGCCGUCCGCCCUCCUCCUCAGCUGCGGCCUCGCCCCCGCCAAUGCUGGUCUCCCCCACGCCCCCCUCGCCCCUGCCCCGCCUGGCGUCCCAGCAGGCCCCGCGCGACUCGCCCGUCAUCGUGCGCAACCCCGAGGUGCCCCUGGCCAAGUUCACGGAGCGCCCCCUGGGGCCUGCGGCCCGCCCCAGCCGGACCCCCCAGCCCACGGGUGGACUGCAGGUCCCUGUGCCAAUAAACGCUGCCACUGCCACCAACGGGGCUGUCCUCCUGCGAGGCCCCGCCCCCGCGCUGGUGCUGGUGUCCUCGGCCCCCUCCCAGCCUGCGGCCGCACCCCUCAGCCGCCCCACCCAGGCAAGCCCCGCCCUCUCCUGCAUCUCUGUCUCCAGCCCCAUCCUCAGCCCCGCCCUGGCCAGCGCUGGCUCCGGGGGGCGGGACCGGGGGGGCCACGCCGGAGUCUUCGGCGGGCCCCUGCAGCAGCCGGUGGCCUGCCACCCCUCCCCGACCGCCCUGCUACCCCUCAUCCUCCCUGCCGAAUCUCCGCACCCCGCUCCACGCAAGGACAUCAUCAUGGGCCGGCCCGGGACAGUGUGGACGAAUGUGGAGCCCCGGUCAGUGCCUGUGUUUCCUUGGCACUCAUUGGUCCCUUUUCUGGCACCGAGUCAAUCAGAAUCAUCUGCCCAGCCAACUGAUGGACAACAGCCUGUAGAUCAGGCUCAUACAACCAAUCAGAGCAAAGAGCCGCAGUGUAUAACGGCACCGGUGACCGACGGGCGCACCGGCUCCCCACACGUGGAGAGGGCAUCCCCGUCUCGCCCACCCGCCACCACGAAGACGUCCCCCCCUCCGGAGCGGGAGAGAGAGAGGGAGAGGGAGAGGGAAGCGCAGAGACAGAGGGGAGACAGCGAGACAGAGAGCGAUGUGGAUGACCCGUUUUUUUCGGGCGUGGUCCCUGACGCUGUCCUGUCAGCAUCACCUGGGAAAAGGCGCACUCAGUCCCUCAGUGCUCUUCCAAAGGACGACAAGAACAGCCCUGGGAAGAGGGAGAAGGACCACAUCCGGCGGCCCAUGAACGCGUUCAUGAUCUUCAGCAAACGCCACCGGACCCUGGUGCACCAGAGGCACCCCAACCAGGACAACCGCACCGUCAGCAAGAUCCUGGGGGAGUGGUGGUACGCUCUGGGGCAGAAGGAGAAGCAGAAGUACCACGACUUCGCCUUCCAGGUUAAGGAGGCUCACUUUAAGGCACACCCGGACUGGAAAUGGUGCAACAAAGACAGGAAGAAAUCCGUCCCUGAAGGCAGGGGAAUGCCCGGAGGCAAAGACGUGAGGGAGAGGAGUAUGUCUGAAACCACUGAUUCUCCGCUCGCCCCUCUGGGGGUGGAGCUGAAGGGGGCGGGGCCCGGUCCGUCGGGCGUGGCCGAGCAGAGCGCAGGGGCGGGACCCAUGACCCAGCUGACCCGCCCGCGAGCCUUUUCCCAGAGUGCCGUGCACACCCUGGAGAAGAGGGAGCGGGAGCGGGGGACCGCGCCGGCCCUGGAAGAGCUGAUGUGCCGGGACAGAGGGGCCCAAGGCUCGGCACGCGCCCCGCCCUACUCCCAGCCCCAGCGCGGGGUGAGCGAGGACAUGACCAGCGACGAGGAGCGCAUGGUGAUCUGCGAGGAAGAGGGCGACGAUGAUGUCAUCGAUGACUCCUACCCUGGCAGCUCCAUUGACCUGAAGUGUAAGGAGAGAGUCACCGACAGCGACAGUGAGAACAUCUCUGCUGACGAGGCUGAUGGAAAGCGCUCCUUUGCUCCAGGGAUCCAUUCCUCCUCUGCCUCCUCCCCCUCAGUCUCCUUCUCCUCCUCUCUGGGGGGGAGCACCUCUCUCUCCUCCUACCCCGAGAGCAGAGGAGGAGGGGCCUCGGAGAGCCGACGGCGGAGAGGGAACGAGGGCAGAGGAGGAGCAGGAGGGGAGGGAGGGGGUGGCAGGGACGGAGCCGGAGCCGAAGGUGGAGGGUCAACCCCCGCCCCUUCACUCCCCGCUUCCAGCCAGUCCCUAUUGGCCAGCUCUGCCCCAGGCCCCGCCCCUCUGACCCCCCUGGGCCUGUCCCCCAUGCUGGGUGUGGGCCGGAUGGCCUCCACCAUGGUGACCAAUGUGGUCCGUCCUGUGCUGAGCACCCCCAUCCCCAUCGCCAGCAAGCCCCGCGAGGGCGGGCCGCCACUCAGCCCCGUCGCCCCGGAUACGAAGCUUGCCCUCCAGCCGCAGCACCCGCAGGCCCAGCUCCUGAUUGGAGCAGGAGGAGGAGGGGCGGCCAGAGGGGGUGGGUACUACUCCUCCACCUCCCCCUGCCCUGUAAGCGUAGGCGCCGUCGGCAACGGCGGGCUGGUCACCAACCUGGUCUUCCCGGCUCCGCCCACUGUUCAGCUCAUAACCCCUCCUCAGCCCACGCCCCAGCCGCUUCCGGCCACGCCCUCCGGCCAUAGCAACGGCCCCGUGCCCCUCCCCCUCCUGCAGUCCCAGUUCCUCCCCGGCUCCCCGCUGGCGUCUCCGUGCGGUGGCAAGGCCAUCACGCAGGUCCAGUACAUCCUGCCCACCCUCCACGCCACCACUCACUCCAAGAGCCCCUCCCCUCAGCAGCCCCUGCAGCCAACCAGUAUCUUCACCCUGCCCACAGCUCCUCCCACUCACGUCUCCUUGGCCAAUGGAAAGCAGUCGGGGGUUGGGCCAGGAAUAGCGUAUGCCACCAGUCCAGCGGCCGUGGGAGUGGUCAGCCCCGGAGCCAGAGGUCACGCACAGUCUCCAGUGUUACAAGGCAAGAUGCUGGUUCCCAUGGCGACUGUGAGAGCCGGUUCCGCCCCCCCUCAGCAGGUGGCCCCUGCUCUCCCGGUCCAAAAUGGCGCUCAGCCGGGGAGCAAGGUAGGCGUCUACAGUUCUGACCUUCUGAAGGAGGCAUCUCCGCUGCUCACCUCUCACCCCCGGGCUGCUCUGCUGCUGCUGGAGCUUAAUUGCCGUGGUGUAUCAUUGUCACGGCACCAGAUCAUCCAGAUUGCGCCCAUGCCAAUGGUCCAAUCCCAGCUGCCCACCGGGGGUGCCGUGCAUGCUGGGAGCCCCUUCCCUGUGUCCGUGGCGACAGCGACAGUGAUGGCUUCAGGCCCCGCCCCUUCACAGACGGUGCUACUUCCACCCCCACCCACAAGGAUCACAUAUGUUCAGUCCACCCCUGGAGUCCCCACCCCGCUGCCGCUGGUCUCCACGGUGACCGGGUCCUCCCCUCAGCCAGUGCAGCCCCCUCCUGCCCCGGCGUACAUGCCGUCGCCCCUGGCAACUCUGGGUUUCACGGCAAUCGCCCCAGCGGGCCAGACCUUGGUACAGCCCCUCAUAGCAGGCCAGCCACCCCUCCUGGCUCCAGCACAGUCUCCCAACUGCCCCCCGCUCACCUCCUCAGGAGUCGGGGGGCAGAUAGUCACUGCCAUUUACCCUCCGCCCAGCGUCACCCUGGCAGCGGGGGUGGUCUCCGUGACGACGGUGCCCCCUGGCGGGGCGUACGCGGGCUCCUCGCCCUCCCCCCCGCACAUCCUGCCCAAGCACCCGCAGACGGACAGACUGACGGACAGGCCCGCCCACGUGCAGGCGGAGCCUCUGGCAGAACCUCCCACACAUUCCCAGACGGACAGGCAGGGGGAGGGACUGGCCUCAGCCAGGCCCCCCGGAGCCUCAGUGGCGGCCCCCAAUGGUGUGGCGGGGCCACUGCAGCCCAGGAGCCCCACACUGCCCUCGCACAUGGGCGCCGCACAGGACGCCCCCAAGCUGCCCUCGGUCUCAGCGAGGGCCCCUCAGAAAGUAAAAGCCACGGUAGCCAGCAUCCCUGUGGGCAGCUACGAAGCAGGUGGGCGGGGGAGGGAGAAGGAGAGAGAGAGGGAGAGGGAGCGGGAGCGGGAGAAGGAGGCUGCCCGUGGGGGCCGUUUCUCGUUUGAGCCGGAAGAGUGUGGGGGCCCCGGCGAGGAGGGCCCUUCGGCGGGACGUCCCGAGGGCCACAGCGAUGCAGACCGCCCCAGCAGUCGCAGCAAGGACGGAGGUGCCAACGAGGAUUCCCUCCCCUCCUCACCCUUGGCCCCAUCUUCUGGGCCGGACACCCCUCUGGCACCCCCGCAGAACGACAAGGAUGCCCACCUGCAAAAGAAGGCCAAGUCCCGCCCCCCUCCACUCAAGAGGACUUUUGACUCAGCGGACAAGGUCCUUUCCGGAAUGUACUUUGAGGAGCGCUUUGCGGAGUUGCCGGAGUUUCGUCCGGAAGAGGUGCUUCCGUCCCCCACCCUGCAGAGCCUGGCCACCUCGCCCCGCGCCAUCCUGGGCAGCUACCGCAAGAAGAGGAAGAACUCCACCGACCUGGACUCCUCCACCGACGACCCCAUCUCCCCGAAGAGGAAGAGCAGGCGCCGCUCCAGCUGCAGCUCGGAGCCCAACACGCCCAAGAGCGCCGCCAAGUGUGAGGGGGACAUCUUCACCUUCGACAGGGCAGGCACGGACUCAGAGGACAUCCUGGGGGAGCUGGAGUUUGACAAAGUGUCCUUCUCCUCCCUGCGUCGCACGCUGGACCAGCGUCGAGCCUUCGUCAUGCAGCUGUUCCAGGAGCAGCACGGCUUCUUCCCGUCAGCCCAGGCCACUGCCGCCUUCCAGGCGCGCUACGCCGACAUCUUCCCCAACAAGGUGUGUCUGCAGCUGAAGAUUCGGGAGGUGCGUCAGAAGAUCAUGCAGACCAACGCGCCCUCGGAGGCGGGGGGUCCGGACAGCGCCGCCUCCUCCCCGGGACCCUCCAAUCCCCCGCAGGGAGAACCUGGAGGGGCGGAGCUGGCUGAGAGGGAGGCGGAGCCAGUGAGAGAGGGCAGCCCCAAGGGGCAAAAGAACACCGGCGAGUCACAGGAGUCCAGCAGAUGAGCACCAGAAGAAGUCCUCCCUUGUGUCUCCCUAGCUAGCAGUCUCCAUACGCCUGGUAUACAUGGGGAGAUUCGGAAAGGCUGUGCAAGGACUCAAAGGAAUGGGAUGUCCUUACAAACGUACCCACCCUCCCCACCGACACUGAAACUUAGCCAAUGAGCGACCCACGGAAGACUGACCACUCUACACGCCACUUAAAUUGGUGCACCAUUAUCAUCACUAUUGUAACCGUCAGGCUUUCUGCUGUUUUGUGUACCCUUGGCACAACGUUGCAGUCGUACAUUCACAGGGACUCCAGUCGCAGAGCUACUUUUGUCACUGGACUUGACCGAGCGGAGAAGGGCUUUUAUUCGCUUCUGAAGAGAGGUGUGAUCUUGCGCCACCUCUUGUUGGCUCCAUCGGUUUGAAAACUCGAGUUGCUGACAAGUGUUAGUUUCAGUUUAACGUUGCUUCCGAUGUAUUCAACUGCUCUCCUGUGAUUGGCUGUAGCUGGCAAGCGGUCAGCUCUGAAUUACUAGCCAGGAUGGAGGGCAGUGAGGGGAAGGCAGUCUGAGGGUUGUAACGGGUCAAAUUGUAACGAGAGCCUGAGUUUAGACUCAAAACAAACUGCAGUGACCUCUUGGAAAAUUGUCAAAACAAAAUAAGUGGAGGAAGAGAACGGUAACGCUUUCCUCUCAAGACAAGCGGUGAGUUUUAAUUUUAAUCGUUAAAAAAAAAAAGUUAACUCACCCUUGUGACGAUAUUAUGAUUGUUAUUGCUGAUCCUCUCAGUGUUGAUUUUGCGGGUCUCGUUUUGGGUAGAUUAGCAGCCUCCACCUCUUAUCUUUUCACCAGAAAAUGAGGGGAUCUGUAACAGUCACCCCCCCUCCCCCCACCUCUUUCAACCCCCCAAAAACUCCCUGGGUCUUCCUUCUGACCUUUGCCCCCCUCCACCCCCCUUUCUUAUUUUAGCUUUCAUUUUAUUGGGGGGACGGGGCUGGAAUAGAACAUUUUAAAGUUUUAAUGAAAAAAAGUAUUUUUAUAGAUGUAUUAAUACUCCCCUUUCCUCUGUCCUCUUCUAAGCUUUAAGCUUCAGAUUCCCACCCCAUAUCAUUCCCUCUCUCCCCAACUGAUCGUCACUUUCUUCUCUUCUGUUCUCCUUACAGGGAGCAAUAAGAGGAAAUUAGGUUUGGGUGUUACAGUAGCAAAGUCUUCAUUGUGCAAGACUGGUCUGACCCAUAGAUAUUUACUGUAGAGUCAGACGACUCAUCAGAAUAAUAUAAAUGAUAUUAAUAAGAUUCAUAAUUGAGUGUUACAGACAUCAAAGAAAAAUACAAUUGUAAAAUAAAAAUAAUUUUUAUGUAACUACUUGUUUUGCUGAUAAAGUAAAAAAAAAAAAAGAUAUAUUAUAUAUAAAUAUAUAUGAAUUAUUCUGAGUGUAUCUGUACCUUUCAGUAUACAAAUAAUGUUCAAAUAUGUAUGAGUGAGUGUAUGUUUCUUGUACUAAAAGACUGUCCAAUCGGAAGUUGUCAAAUCUUUCUGUUCACCAGACGCACUGCUAUAGGGAGAGCAAUGAAUACAGGGUUUUGAAGGAUGAGAGAAUUGAGAUGAAGUCGGAUGGUGUGCUGUUUUGUUUUAUUGUAUUAAUUGAAACUUUGACCGAUUUUUAACUAAAAAAAUCAAAUUUGCAGUUUCAAUCAUACAGCACCUGUAUGUGUGUACUUUGUAUGUAUGUGUGUGAAAUAAAUUGUUCUUAUUUUGAGAAGGAAUUUUACAAUGAGACUGAUGGUGAGUGAUAGUUCCUAAACAGGGCAUGUUGACCAUGUGCAAUAUUUCUUACUUAAAAAAUAAUAUUAAAGACUUAACACAGUA